AAACUCUGAGUGAGUUCAGGUACAGGCCUAGGGCAAGUUAGCAACAUGUUGUAACGUCUCUCUCCCUCCAGGGCGGGUCGCAUAGGGAGGACGGGGUCUCUGGACUGAGAGGGGGUCACUCAAUGCCGGGCCAAGGGCCCAACCAGUCCACCACCUCUCCAGACCUCAGCCAGCCGGACCCCUACCGCGCCCUGUCCGGAGGCCUUCAGGGUCAGAGCACCUCCUCUCUGAGCUCAGAGAUCAAGUCUGAGGAUGAAGGAGACGAGAACCUCCUGCAGGACCAUAAGGAGCCCAAGAAGGAGGACCUGGACAUCAAGGAUCUCAAAUCAGUCGAUAGCAACGCUGAUGACGAGGACCUCUCCCCGGAGCAGAAGAUGGAGCGGGAGAAGGAGCGGAGGAUGGCCAACAACGCCCGCGAGCGUCUGCGCGUGCGUGACAUCAACGAGGCCUUCAAGGAGCUGGGCCGGAUGGUGCAGCUGCACCUGAAGAGCGACAAGCCCCAGACCAAGCUCCUGAUCCUGCACCAGGCGGUGGCAGUGAUACUGAGCCUGGAGCAGCAAGUCAGAGAGCGUAACCUGAACCCCAAGGCGGCCUGCCUGAAGCGGCGAGAGGAGGAGAAGAUAUCCGUGCCGACGGACGGAACACCCCUGUCGCUAGCAGCCGCCCACCACGCGGCGGUUGCCAUGGGCGACGGCUCCAACGCCAUGGGACAAAUGUCCAAGCUGCCAGAGUUCAUCAAGAUGAUGAGUGACCAUUUCCUCUGACGGCCUUCCCAUGUCCUGGCACUCGAUCGAAACCAUUGACCAACCUUUGACUCCUCGGCCUGGCCCCACCCCCUGCUCUUUCUUCUCCAAUCACAUUUCUCCUCCACCUUCUUUUGUUAGGAAAUUGACAGUUUGUGGGAGUUUUGACAUGAAAAUACAUAAAUCCUGGUAAAGAGAACACUCUUUUUCAGCAUUCCUUCUUUUAAGGAACAGUGACCGUUCUCAUCUAUGUAUAAAAAAAAAAAGGAAAGGUGUUCAUGAGUUGAACGUGGUCUGCUGAUGACAGAACAAGACAUAUCAUGAGACAAACAUACGGAGAGUCAGUCCGUCACUCCUGGAAGAGGCCAGGAGCCAUCCACUCAGAGAGAGGAGGAGAG